UGUCCCACCUCUCCAUUAUUCCUUCUCAUCUAUAGGACUAUGAAACAACUAUAUAGCCCCUCUGUGAACUAUUAUCACCACUAUAGCACAUAGCCAAUCUCCUUCCUUCUUGGCCAGCUUUCUACUCAUAAUUCAUCAACCACUUUAUUUAGAUCCAAAAGCUGUUUUCCUAGGUAGUAGCACUUGAAUUUGUAGGAAAAUGGAAGGUGGAGGAAGCGAUGGGAGUGAUCUCGAUAACCUUAAAGCGACCGAGCUAAAGCUUGGGCUGCCGGGGACCGGCGAGCAAGAGAAACUACCGUCGAUACUCCCUAGGAGUAGCAAACGGGCAAUCUUGGAGGCUAAUGAGGGCCCAUCAAAGAGAAAUUCCUCGGAGAUCAAAUCAGUUGAGAGAGACCAAAAACCAGCAGCAAAGGCACAAAUAGUUGGGUGGCCACCAAUCCAAUCAUAUAGGAAAAAUAGCUACCAAGCAAUGAAGAUGGAGGCAGAGCCCACUGGGAUGUAUGUGAAGGUGAGCAUGGAUGGAGUUCCUUAUUUGAGGAAAAUUGAUCUCAAGGUCUACAAGGGGUACGAGGAGCUCAGAGAGGCCUUGGAGGAUAUGUUCAAAUGCUUUUCCCUAGGUGAGAUUUCAAGGAUGAAUGAAAGCAAUGGGUAUGAAUAUGCUAUCACGUACGAAGAUAAAGAUGGGGAUUGGAUGUUGGUUGGAGAUGUUCCAUGGGAGAUGUUCAUCUCCUCAUGCAAGAGGAUGAGAAUAAUGAAAGGAGAUGAAGCAAGAGGCUUGGGUUCAACCCCAUGACUUACUCCCACCUGCCAUUAGAUAUUGCAGAGAGAUGAAAACAUGUCAUGGACACGUCGGCUUCUAUUUUUGUUUGGUUCUCCAGGUUCUUGGAAAUUUAUCAGAUGGAAGGCUGGAGCUCUUAAGCAAUUCGUCUCACCCCCAAAACCAAGUCUGCAAAAAGAAGAAAAAGAAAAAAAGAAAGUUUUGCUCUAUGUUUUGUAAUAAACCACUACUCCAAAUCAUAGGCACCAUUUCUAUUAAUCAACUGUAUAAAGGAAAUUAAGGAAUUUUGCUCUCUUCUUUUUGGUUUUGCUUUGGU